AUGCUCAACACAACAUUGCAUGCUCAACAGAUAUUGGGUUUCAACCGUCUAUCAUUGCUUCAAUCUCCUUCGUCUGAUCUUGUUAAUUCUCUUGACCAAGCUGGUGUUAGUGUUGUCACUAAGGAUGAUACUCAAGCUGUUUUGCCUAAAUCUCGAUCUCGUGUUGUUGCUGUUCGUUUACCUUCUAUAACUCCUGCCAAACGCCCGAGUUCUGAUGACAUUGUUUCACCUCCUUCUAAACACCUUUGUGAAAAUUCUUUGAAACAAUCUCCAGUGUCUGCAACACCUGCAAAACGUCCAGCUGAAGAAGAGUGUAUUUCUUAUCGUCGUCUCAAAUCUCUCCGCUUUGAGUAUGAUGAUGUGGCUUUACUUGUUUUUACAGAUCCUAGUAGUUUUGAAGAAGCUAUGUCUAGUGAAGAAGCUGAGUUUUGGCUUGAAGCCUGUGUUAUUGAAAUGUCGUCUCUUAAACGCAAUGGUACUUGGGAAUUGGUUGAUCUCCCACCUGGUCGCAAGGCUAUCAAUAGCAAAUGGGUAUUUAAAGUUAAGCGCAAAGCUGACGGUUCAAUUGAACGUUACAAAGCUCGUCUCGUGUGUAUUGGAUUUUCGCAAGUUGAAGGUAUUGAUUAUACUGAAACUUUUGCUCCGUUGUUCGUUCAUCAUAUGGAUGUCGAGACUGCAUUUCUUAAUGGUGAUCUCAAAGAAGAUAUUUAUAUGAGACAACCUAAAGGCUUUGUUGUCAAAGGUCAGGAAUCUAAAGUGUGUCAUUUGAAGAAGUCUUUAUAUGGUUUAAAGCAAGCUCCUUUGUGUUGGAAUGAGAAGAUUCAUGGUGCUCUUGUCAAACUUGGGUUUAUUCGUAAUGAAAGUGACUACGGUGUGUAUACCAAAGGAUCUGGGUCUACCAUGGUCAUUAUUGCACUGUAUGUUGAUGAUUUACUUAUUUCUGGCAAUUCUUCUGAAGUCAUUGCCAAAACCAAGUCUUCUUUGUCAUCUAUGUUUAAGAUGAAAGACUUGGGCCCAGUCGAGCAGUUCCUUGGCAUGAGAGUUAAGCAGUCACCUUACCAUAUUACUGUGGAUGUUUCACGUUAUAUUUUUGACAUGUUGGAAGAGUUUGGUAUGCAGAACUGUUCAAGUGUCAAGACUCCUUUACCCACUCGUGAUCUUUCUGAUUUUUCCGAGUCUGACUCUGCUACCGAUGCCUCCAUGUAUCGCAGUAUUAUUGGUAAGCUGAUUUAUGCUGCUAAUUGUGCUCGUCCUGAUCUUGCUGUUGCUGUUAGCUUUCUUUGUCGAUAUAUGCAGAGUCCGAAGUCUAUUCAUAUGGAAGCUGCUAAGCAUACUCUUCGUUAUCUUAAGGGUACUGCUGAACUUGGUCUUGAAUAUCGAGCUCAGAAAGUCUACAAGCUUGUUGGCUAUAGUGAUGCCGACUAUGCACAGGACAAGCAGGACCGUAAGUCCUUUACUGGGUAUGUUUUCAUUCUGUCUGGUGGUCCCAUUACUUGGGCUUGUCGAAAGCAAGUUAGUCCUGCAUCGUCCAGCGUCGAGUCUGAGUAUAUGUCAUUGUCUGAUGCGUCUAAGGAAUGCUUCUGGAUUAAUCAGUUGUUGUCUCUUUGCAAGAUUCCUGUUCCGUUGCCAGUGACUAUGUUUGAGGACAAUCAGGGAUGUAUUGCAUUGGCUCAGAACCCAGUGUUUCAUCGUCGCACCAAGCAUAUUGAUGUUCGUUAUCAUGUUGUGCGUCACUAUAUUCGCAGUGGAGUGAUUCAUCUGGAGUAUCUUGAUACUCAAGUGAUGUUGGCAGAUAUGUUCACUAAGAAUCUUGGUCGUGUGAAGUUUGAGACAUUGAGGGGACUACUUGGUAUGAAGGCAGUAGGUGAUUCUGCGACAAGGGGAGGUGUUGAGCAUGCAAUGUUGUCGCAGACUAGUGCAGUUGAUAAUGCACGUGAGUUUGGGUGGGAAACUAUGGUUGACAAUCUAUGUUUAUUUUAG